ACCUCAGUCUUCAGGAAGGAUCGUUUCACGUCGGUCGUUCGAGUCCACGAUAUCCUAGAAAGUUACCUAUCACCAAAGAGAAUACGUAUCUUCGUCGAAAGAAAGAGAAAAGGAAAAGAAGAAAAAAGAGGAGCAAGGAACUCGCGUCUCGUCCGGAACAGUUGUACUCUUGGAACAGUUCCGGUUCUCAGUCGGUGUUCAACCGGAAACGAUCGCGAAAUGACGUUAGCCUCGCGGUACGUUCGGUGAACUCGCGAAUUCGAAAGUGACCUUUUUUGCUGGAUUAACAACAAGAUCACCAAUCCGUGUGAUAUUAGAACAGAUUCUUCGCUGAUCGUUGUCGCGAACAAACGAUUAUCAGCUGAUCGUUCGUGGUCAGAGUUGACUGGAAGAAGCGGAUUACGAAAAACAUGAAAAGGACAGCUGUGUUUCUUCUGAUCGUCGUCGGCUUGGCUACGCGAGGCUGCAACGGUGCCGGAUGCGGUUACCCUGGGGCUCCUGCACAUAGUAGCGUUCGGUUCACAGGAACAGGUGCCGAAGACGUUAUAGACGAAGAGGAUGCCCUGCUAAAGGACACGAUAUUGCCCGAGGGCACAGUGGCUACGUAUUCUUGCGAACGUGGGUUUGAACUCCUUGGUCCUGCGAGGAGACAGUGUCAGGUUGAUGGCUCUUGGACACCAGAAGGGGUUCCGUUUUGCGUGCUAAAUGUUGCCGGAGGUAAAGCUCCUAUGCAAUCAAGCAGCUCAGAUGGUGGAAUUCCGCAGCGUGCUGUUGAUGGCAGCAGUGGACAAAUUUAUACCCCUCAAACUUGCACCCUUACAAGACCAGAGCACAGGCCGUGGUGGUACGUGAACUUGCUUGAACCAUAUAUGGUGCAACUCGUGCGGUUGGAUUUUGGCAAACCGUGUUGCGGUGAUGGUAUACCCGGAACAAUUGUUGUUCGUGUCGGAAACAAUCGGCCGGACUUGGGAACGAAUCCAAUUUGCAAUCGUUUCACCGGUCCCCUCGAAGAAGGGCAACCUCUUUUUUUGCCCUGUAAUCCGCCUAUGCCUGGAGCUUUCGUUUCCGUACACUUGGAAGCAACUACACCGGCACCAGUUCCAGUGCAACUUUCAUUGUGUGAGGCCUUCGUGUACACUGAUCAGGCUCUUCCCAUUGAGAGAUGUCCACAAUUUAGAGAUCAGCCACCAGGUUCGACAGCAACCUACAAUGGAAAAUGUUACAUAUUCUACAAUCGCCAACCGAUGAUAUUCCGAGAAGCAUUGGCAUUCUGUCGUGCACGAGGUGGUACUUUAGUGGAUGAAAGCAAUCCUGCGUUGCAAGGGUUUAUUUCGUGGGAACUAUGGAGGAGGCACAGGAGUGAUACUUCGAGUCAAUACUGGAUGGGUGCAGUAAGAGAUCAAAAGGAUCGUACGGUUUGGAGGUGGACAGGAAGCGGCGACGAGGUUUCUGUUUCUUUCUGGAGUCUACCUCAAGGCAGCGAAGAAGACUGUGCUCGAUAUGAUGGUAGUAGAGGAUGGCUUUGGUCCGAUACCCCUUGCACAGCUCGAUUAAAUUUCAUCUGUCAACACCAACCACGAGCGUGUGGUCGACCAGAACAGCCUCCGAAUUCAACGAUGACGGUGACCACAACGACAGAUCGGAAUUCCGGAAGCGCAUAUGAAGUUGGCGCGACGGUGGAUUACACUUGUAACGCCGGCAGCCUUCUUAUAGGACCGUCGACUCGUACAUGCCUCGAUACUGGCUUCUACAACGAGUUUCCACCGGUGUGCAAAAGCAUCGAGUGCGGUUAUCCAGCGAACAUAAAACACGGAGGUUACACACUUAUCAACAAUACCGUUAGUUAUCUCAGUCAGGUGCUUUAUUCCUGCGAUGAAGGAUACGAGAUGACUGGUCGUGCAAGACUGACAUGCGAUAUCGAUGAGCGCUGGAAUGGACCGCCACCACGUUGCGAGCCAAUUUUGUGCGAUCCUCCUGCUCCUGUUCCACAUAGUUACAUUCAAAUCGAUGAAAUCGACGAAACCGAGACAGUACCAUCGAAAACGAACUUCAGUCGAAGUCUUCUCGUAGGCAGUAUCGUUACUUACACCUGCGAGAAGGGUUACAGACUUUCUGGCUUCCGACAAAUAUUAUGCUUGCCCACAGGCUUAUAUGAUCAUGUCGCACCCACUUGUACGGAAGAACCACGUACCACCGUGACUGUGUCUUCCCGAACAACCGUGCGACCAACGACCAGCAGAACCCGACACACGUUCUUACCACCUCGAGUUCGAACCACAACAAUCUCGACGACCACAACCACAACCACCUUUGUGCCACCACGAAGAGUGGCUAGCACCGCCGAAUUACCCGCAACGGUUCGGGAAACCAUCGCAAGGAAACCAAAUAUUGGUCUUCAGAGACCAGCACCGCCUCCGUCGCCACCUCUGAACGACGACACCAACGAUCAUCCUCAGGACAACGAAAUUUCUGGCAGUGGAGUGGACAAUGCUCAGGCCGGCAUUGGAACUGGUGUUCCUGAACCUUCUGGACCUUUCAGGGUGGACAACGCCGACCAAUCGAGUAACACUCAUCAAGCAAAAUUAAAUCUAGGCGCGGUGAUCGCCUUGGGUGUCUUCGGUGGUUUCGUAUUCCUUGCUGCUGUAAUCACCACCGUUGUAAUACUCAUACGCAGAAAUCGCGGUAGAAGCAGCAAGCAUUACCGACACCGUGCAUCUCCAGAUUGCAAUACCGUGGCCAGCUUUGGAAGCAGUUCCUCUGAGAGUCGAGGAGGACUGAAUCGAUAUUACCGUCAAGCUUGGGAAAAUCUGCAUGAGACGGCCGGUCAUAAGACCAAUCAUCCUCCUCUUCGUCGCAAGGAGACCCUGGAUGAACCAGGAUACCGAGAAAAUUACCGUGGCAACAACACCGAGAGAGAUGGUUCAGAAUUAGUUGUGAGCGAUGUAGCCACGUACCCGUCUAACAAGCACGCCAGUAUUUCUGACAAGAAACGCCAUCAUCAUCAUCAUCAUCAUCACCAUGGUAACUCUACGCCCGAGUGGAGGCAAUCUCAGUCUCAUCACAGAUACUGAACACAAAAUCGGUUACCUAGAACCGCUUAUUUUUUUGAGAUUUUCGGUGAAUCGAUUAUUGUGACGAGUCGCGAUUGGAUCACGAGCAAGCUGUCUUUUUUUAUGCUGUAUGCAUAUUUUAUAAAUGGUGACGCACUGGAAGAUGGUGACUUUAUGUUAAGAAAUACUUGCAAAAUGUAAGGUAAACUGCCUUC